AUGUAUGGUGUGAUACUAGGAGAUUUCAUUCUAAAAGUGAUGGCGGCUCCGUUACCUCAGAAGCCCGGCCUGAUGCCCCCUCAACAGCAGCAGCAGUUUGUCCCCGGAGCCACAGCUGCCCUGGGACAGCAGCCUCAGCCCGGCGCCAUGAGGGAGAUCUCCCCCGUGUUUCUCUGCCGCAUCGGACAAGAGACGGUGCAGGACAUCGUCACCAGGACCAUGGAGAUAUUUCAGAUCUCACGAGCCACUCAGCUUCCGAACGGCGUGACGCAGAGCCAGGCCAUGUACCAGGACCGCUUUGGGAAACUGCAGGAGCAUCUGCGGCAGCUCGCUCUGCUCUUCAGGAAACUGAGGCUGCUGUACGAGCGCUGUGUGGAGAUGACGGCAGAUCUGCAGGAGGGGCCCGCCGAGCUCGUGCCGUACGUCGGGGAGGAGCUGCUGUCCGUCAAAGUGGAGUCCUGCAGUCCGGCCGUGAUUCAGGAGAGAAGAGAAGUCAUGGAGAAAGUGCGUCUGAAAAACCAGGAGAUGAAGGUUCUGAUGGAUCAGAUGAGGAACCUGCUGUGGGACGUCAACGCGAUGCUAACGCUACGGAAAUGA